AUAAAGGCCAGGCAUUAGGAGGACACACCAUCAGUGAUCAGUGCACUGAUGCUGUCUCCUCGUAUGGUGCUGAUGUGAUUGCCAAGAUUGGAGAACAACUCAACCCAACCAUCAACCACCCGGGCUACACGUUUUCAGAGUUAUUUCCUGCCUAUUGACCUUCCAACCUGCAUGCACGGUAGCGUAGUGGUUAGUACAAUGUUUUACAGUACAGGCGUCCUGGGUUCAGUUCCUGCCGCUGCCUGUAAGGAGUUUGUAUGUUCUUCCAGUGACCGCGUGGGUUUCUUCCAGGUGCUCUGGUUUCCUCCCACAGUCCUUAGACAUACCAGUUGGUAGGUUAAUUGGUUAUUGUAAACUGUCCUGUGAUUAGGGUCAGAUUAAAUCGGGAGAUUGCUGGGUGGCUUGGCUUGAAGGGUUGAAAGUACCUACUCUGAGCUGAAUCUCAAUACAUAAGUGUUUUUGGGAUUUUGGAGGGCACCAGAGGGAAACAGAUAGAACACAAGAUCAAGAUUUAACCUGGAUCUUUGGUAGUGAUCUUGUGGCUGCACUAUUGUGUCACUCUUUUAUUUAUAUUCCUCAGCAACAGAGUUAAGAGUGAGAUUAUCACUUUUUUUAAUUAGUUUAUCCGGCAAUUGUGAAUAUUUGUCACUGAUGUGUGCUUACUGCCUGUCCUGCACAUUGGCCCCUAUCCCCAGGUUCCCACUCCUGACACUGCCAAUCCUGUCUUCAGUCCCUCUUGUAACAUAGCCUCUCCCAGAUUUCCUAUUGAUUGUUCCCUACCUUGAACAAACGGCUUUCCCACUGAUAUCUAGUAGUCGACCUCCCCAGGACCUUUUCUCAGUUGAAGGUUAGUAAACCUUACCUCACCACAGUUUGAAUUAUUGUCACACAUGUUCAUCUUUUUCAUGUCUCACCAUACCGUGCUCCAAGCUUCCCUCUGAGAAGACCGUCCCUAUCAAGGCACUGACCAUAUUGCUUUGGCCAUGAAUCAGCACAGAUUUAUUGUUUUGGAAUUCCUCACGUCACAUUGUCAUGGAAGGGUCAAGAGCAUCAACAAUCACAGAUCUUACCCUGAUGAAAUCGGGCCAAAGCAUUGGCCGGACUCUCGAUAUGAACACGUGAUGAAGCUACGACAAGCAGCACUGAAGGCAGCCAGAGACCGAUGGGCUGAUUACAUUUUGUUUGUAGAUACAGAUAACUUCUUAACCAAUCCAAACACCCUAACUCUACUCAUCGCUGAGAAUAAGACGGUUGUUGCACCCAUGUUGGACUCGCGCUCUGCCUAUUCCAAUUUCUGGUGUGGAAUGACCUCAGAGGGUUAUUAUAAACGGACCCCAGCCUACCCUCCGAUACGGAAACGGGACAGACUCGGCUGUUUCCCGGUGGUUAUGGUACACUCCACAAUGCUGAUUGAUCUUCGCAAAGAAGCCUCCAAGAAACUGGCUUUUUACCCCCCACAUCCAUCCUACACCUGGUCUUUUGAUGACAUCAUAGUCUUUGCAUAUUCAUGCAAACAAGCGGGAGUCCAGAUGUACAUCAAUAAUAAAGAGCACUUUGGGUUCCUGCAGGUACCUCUGAAGUCGACCAGUACCAUGCAAGAUGAGGUGGAGAGUUUUAUUCAUGUUCAGCUGGAGGUGAUGGUGAAUCACCCUACCAUGGAGCCUUCUAAAUUUCUGCCUGUGCCUCCAAAAUACCCAGAUAAGAUGGGCUUUGAUGAGGUUUUUCUGAUUAACUUGAAGCGACGCCCAAAACGGAGAAUGCGAAUGCUUCGUUCCCUGUACGAGCAGGAGAUCGCCUGUGAAGUCUUUGACGCAGUUGAUGGAAGAGCUUUCAACAGCAGUCAGAUUAAAGAACUUGGCAUCACAAUGUUGGCGGAAUACGAAGACCCAUAUUCAGGACGGCCCCUAACUAAAGGGGAGCUGGGCUGUUUCCUCAGUCACUACAACAUCUGGAAGGAGAUUGUUGACCGAGGAUUGCAGAAGUCAGUGCUCUUUGAAGAUGAUCUACGGUUUGAAAUCUUCUUCAAACGAAGACUGAAGUACCUGAUGAAGGAAGUGGAGAAAACUAAACUCGACUGGGACCUAAUUUACAUUGGCCGAAAACGAAUGCAGGUGGAUCACCCGGAGAAGGCAGUACCUGGCGUCCGAAAUUUGGUUGUGGCUGAUUAUUCUUACUGGACUCUGGGAUAUGUCCUCUCGCUGAAUGGAGCAAAGAAACUCAUUGAUUCCAAGCCGUUUGACAAAAUGUUACCAGUGGAUGAAUUUCUACCCAUAAUGUACAACAAACACCCGAUAUCCAAGUAUAUGGAUCACUUUGAGAAGCGUAACCUGAAGGCUUUCUCCGUGGAGCCGCUUCUGGUCUACCCCACGCACUACACGGGUGAGGCGGGCUAUGUCAGUGACACUGAGACCUCCACGGUCUGGGACAAUGAGAAGCUGAAGACUGACUGGGACCGCGCCAAGUCACAGAAGACCAGGGAGCAAGUAAAGAUCCGGGAAGCAGCUCAGAACCUUGACGUGUCGCAUUCACCGAUCGACUCAACCUCCAGGGAUGAGCUGUGACCCGUGGCUUGCA